CUUGCGAACAGUUUUGAUAAAUCUCUCUCAUUAAAGGCCGCAAGUUUGAAGAAGUUCUUGGAUUCGGAUCGGGUCGACGGCCGGCCUGGUAUUUCGCACCUGAUGUCAGCCCUAAAACUUGGGAAAGGGACCCGUUUCCGUUCGCGUUCGUGUUGCGCAACUCUCACCAGCCUAUCAUACAUCGAGCCUCGUACUUUCCAGGUAUUUCGAACCAGCCGCAUUUACAGUUGCAAGAGUUGAUUGAGCUCUUCAGCUAGUCUCAAAUAUCUGGAAGUAUUGAGUGAUAAUUCCCGACGGCCCCAUCUUACCGUUUCUCCCGUGUCCUUCUGUCUUCUGUCUUCAAUAUAAAGAUAGCUAUUAGACAGCCAUUAGACACCAGUGCUCUCCGAACAUCCUCAAUGGCGACCCCACCACCCAACCUCGAGUUCUCACAACUCAGCAAAGCCGUCUCGCUCUACACCCCUCCCUCAGAACCAAGCACCCCCAACCCAGACACUGACCCAACAACAAUCAUCAUCUGUCAAUGGAUGGGCGCGUCCCCCCGCUCUCGAGGCCUAAACACCAUCUACCACCAACAUCAUUCCUUAUUUCCCCACGCUCGAAUCAUCACCAUCCGCUCGCUCCCCGAAUUCUUCAUGAUCACCAGCACCACCUCACGACUAGCAAUGAUCAAGCCCGCCAUCGCAGCCAUCGAAGCUGAUCCCGUCGCCGGGCCCAGGAUACUGGUUCAUCUAUUCAGCAACGGCGGCUCGCUGGAAUUCGUAGACGUCUGCACGCUUUACAAGAAAGCUACAGGUCAAAUUCUACCCGUGAAAGCUAUAGUGCUGGAUAGUUCGCCCGGACAGCCGACACUGAUGGAGGGCUGGACCGCGAUGAGUAUCUCGUUGCCGAAGGGGUUGAUGUGGUACCCUGGCGCGGCGGUCAUUAUUACGCUUUUGGGCAUUACUUCUAUUAGCAAGAAUGUUUUCGGGAUAGAGAAUAUUAUCGAGAAGACGAGGAGGUGGCUGAAUGAUUGGACGACGGUGGAUAAGAGGGCAAAGAGACUGUAUGUUUAUAGUGAGAAUGAUAAGUUGGUGGGGUGGAGGGAUGUGGAGAGGCAUGCUGAGGAGGCGAGGAGGGAGGGCGUGGAUGUGAGUUUGUUGAGGGAGACGGAGACGCCGCAUGUGCAGCAUGCGUUUAAGGAUUCGGAGAGGUAUUGGUUGAGGGUUAAGGAGCUUUGGGAUAGUGUUAGAGGGUGAGUGGGAUGUUGUGAAGUUACUUCAUCAGAGUCUAGAUAUGAUUGCGUAUAGACUGUUUUCGUUGCGAGCCUAUUGUCUGUCUUUUGCCCCUCGGCAACUGUACUGGCUUAUUUUCACACAUCUCAAUAACCAGAAGAUAUAUCCUG